ACGUAUGGACAAAGCCACUGGAUCACACAUGGAAUUGGAAGAAGAAUGUCAACUUAUUUCAAUAUCACACAGUGGUAAUACCUAUCCAACUUCCAGGCCAUUGGACUGUUAUGGUUUUGGACACAGUUCACAAGGAAAUGAGAUACCUAGAUUCUCUGAAUCCAAGUGAAAGGGAUAUAUGUGUUGUAGCUCAUAUUCAAAAGUUUAUCAAACAUGAAGGUCAGAGAUUUUGUGUGACAGCGACAGAAAACUGGCCUUGUAUUGUUGGAAGUGACAUACUGAAUUUUCCUCGACAAACUAAUGGGUCAGACUGUGGAGUGCUUAUUUGCUUGCAUGCUCUAUAUGAAAUGCUAAAAUUACCGUACAACUACACCCAAUCACAGAUGGCCUCAGCCAGAGCAUGGAUUGCCUUGACAUUUUCCAAGAACAAGAAAAUGCCACAGAAACAUCUAGUCACUACAACUGAUGACAGUGAUUAUACCUGUGCUAAUGACAAUGAUGUAGAAAUAGUUGAGGAACAUACAAGUGCUCUCAAAGAUACUGAUACCUACAGCCGAAGUCAUGAAAUACAUACUGCCAUACAAACUGACAGUAAGGAGGAAGAAGAGUCACAGUCAGAAAAUAAAUUAUAUAUUAAGUUGAGCAGAGGCACUGUGUGUUCAUGUGUGGAUGUUCGAAUACUGUUGUCCGAAUAUUGUUGUCGCAAAGAGAUCUAA